GCUGAAACUAGGUCAUUAUUCAUGGCUGUUUUCAGAUGGAAACCUUAAAUUUGAGCAGCGAGACCCGCUCUGAAGCAUGCAGUUCCUCAACGCCCCAUGGACAUUUCUUCCUUUUCCAUCCAGCCUGCCAGCCUCCGGAGCGCAGCGGUGCAGCAGGGGUCCAGGCUGCCCGCCGGAGCCGCUCUCAGCUCCGCCCGCUUCCUGUCUCCGUCCGCAGACGCGUUUUAGCGCAUUAAACCCGGCGGCACAAACAGGAGGAGUGGAAGCAGUGGGAGGGCUCUCUGCUGUGUUGUUGUGAUUUUUUCUCCCCUAUCCUCUCCUUGUGGGUGGAAAACACUGGUGAGGAGCCACGCCGCCCACUAAACAAGCCCAAACGCGCACCAACUGGUUCCCAACCCGGAGCGGAGCCCCGACACACGGCCGGCUGGACGGACCAGAGGACGAUGGAACAUUUCGCCAACUGAAGGACAACAGUGAAGUUGAAGACGAUUGCAAAACAUCCCAACCUGCUCUGCAUUGAAACCCGGGCUACCGGCUGCUGGAUGCACCUUUCCAACAUGGAGACUCUUUCCCAGGACUCCAUUCUGGAAUGCCAGAUCUGCUUUAACUACUACAGCCCCCGGCGGCGGCCCAAACUCCUGGACUGCAGGCACACCUGCUGCUCCGUGUGCCUGACCCAGAUGCGCAGCACCCAGAAGGAGAUCCGCUGCCCUUGGUGCCGCGGCGUCACCAAGCUUCCCCCCGGCCUGUCCGUCUCCCAGCUGCCAGACGACCCGGACAUCAUCACCGUCAUCGCUAUACCUCACGCCUCGGAGCACACGCCUGUCUUCAUCCGCCUCCCUAGCAAUGGUUGCUACAUGCUGCCGUUGCCGGUCACCAAGGAGCGGGCGCUCGGCCUGCCUGGAGACCUGGGUUGCCGCUUUCUUCCUGGCAGCCAGCAGAAGGGCAUGACGGUGGUGACGGUGCCCGAACAGCAGCCUCUGGGCCUGGCGAUGGGCCUGGAGGGCGUCGGGCUGGACGGCAGCGAAGGCGAGAGGAGAGUUCCCGGCCCUGUUGGAGGAGGAAAGGGUUCCACAUGGUCCGGCGUUUGCACGGUUAUUUUAGUGGCGUGUGUGCUGCUGUUCCUGUUGGGAAUCGUGCUGCACAACAUGUCCUGCAUCUCCAAACGCUUCACUGUUAUCUCCUGCGGCUGAGGGAGGUCGAUUGGACCUCCUGCGGACCUCUGCCCCCUCCUCAGUGGCCCAGAUUCUUCUGAGGAGAGGAGACUUAGCUUAACAUCACAGGAAAACCAGGCAACGGCGGUUUUCCCGAUGAGGGAA